UUAGAAUUCUCCCUGGAAUGCAACCGUGAUGUUGUCGAAGCAGAAGCAGCAAGAAUAAAUGAAGAGAGAGAACAGACAGAAAGUGAGGACCUUAAUGCACUGUUAGGAAAUGCUGAAGCAAUUGAGUCAGUUGACAGUCAAAAUGAUAGUAAAGAGUCUCCGGUGAUUUCAUUAAAAGAGGCUUUAAAGGGUCUCGAGGUGUUUAUUAUUUUCUAUGAGCAAAAAGAUAAUGGAGACUUCGAUGUUGGGGAUUUAAGAACGUUUCGAAAACACAAAAGUCACUGA